AUGGCUGCACAACAACAAGAACUAGAUGAGAAGAACCCAUUCUAUGAGUUAGUUGUCAUUUGUAGUACUUCUGGUCAAUUUGACCAAACCGUCAAUUCGUUCAAAGAUAUUAUAAAGAAGUCUAAGUUAGUAUGUAUAAAAGACUCUGAGUUGUUAGAUUGGAUAAAGAAGUACCAAAGAAGAGUUUUGAAGUACAUUGCUAUAAAUGAGUAUAUAAAUUCGAAGUUUAAAGACCCAAAUGAGGAAAUGCAGAGAAUAUUAGAGAAGAAACACUUCAGAAACAAACAGAAAGAGAUAGAAUACAUUUCGAAGAAAUUGCAAUCUUACGAUUGGAAGACUUACCCUCAUAGAUGUCUUCUUAUCUUAGAUGACUUUGCUUCUCAUCCUUUGUUAAAGAACAGAGAACAAGAUAUGUGUCGAAUUCUUAAGAAGCUCAGACACUUUAACAUUUCAGUUGUCAUUUGUGUACAGACAGCAAAGAGUUUAAGUAAGGAUGUAAAGAGAAUACUUACUGACAUUGUACUUUUCCCCGGAUUGUCCGAAGACGAUUUCAUGGAACUUAUGAAAGAGUCCAUGGCAGGUAAGUUUGACAGACAUGAACUAUGGGAGAAGUACAAAGUCAUACAAGACCCUCAUACUUCUUUCAGAAUUCACAUCUACGCAAACAAAGUUCAAAUUGUAAAAAGUCAAGCUUGA